AUGGCUGGGAUCAUUCGUCAACAGGACCUCACCUUAUCUGAGUUCUUCGAACUCUAUACGGAUUAUGAAGAGCACACUAGGCUCUACGAGACGAAGUUCAACACAGACUUGGUUACAUAUAGCCAUAGUCUAUCUACUGUCUGGGCAUUUGAGAAGCUGAAGCCCCAAGCUAAACAGUUGCUGGAGCUAAUUUCAUUUCUCGAUCCAGACCUCAUUAAGGAUGAUUUCUUGAUACAGGCAUCAGUAGAAUUAAUCUCAGAGGGGGCACAGUUCAAGAGGAGUAACUACAUUGAGGCACGAACUGAUCUUUUACAGUCAUCUCUGAUACGAAGGGAUAAGCAAAACCGGCAGAUAUCUGUCCGUCGCAUUGUACAAGAUGUAAUCUUGGCAACAAUGGACGCUACGAAGAAACGGUUGAAGUGCGACCAGCUUCUCUGGUCAGCGAUUCCAAAUCCAUCAGAGGCCACCAAUUUGCUCUUUGCAAAAUUACUGACUGAGGCUGCAUGGUACCAGAAGGAGCGUGAACGAACAAAGCAUUUCGAUGGCUUCGAAACUGCUCGCGCCGCGUGUUUAAACAGCUUUCCUUUGGUUUCCAGUAUCUUCAAGGAGCUGGGAACUGCGGACGAGAGGUUGUACCUCGCCUACGCAGAACGAGGGAUCUCACGCAUCCAGGACGGACGGUACAAAGAGGGCGAAGCUAAUCUCAAAAAGGCGCUGCAGAUCCACAAAGAUCUCGGAAAUUACGUUCCCCGGUCAGGUGAGGCCAAUCUGAGCUGGGCUCUUCUCGCGCAGGGCAAGCUUGAAGAGUGCAACACGCUCCUGCUGGAUAGCUUGGCCGGCAGAGAAAAGGCUUUGGGCAAAAAUGAUCGAGAAUCUGUCCGCACUGGGCUGAUUCUUUCUGUACUUGGUAAUCUCCGUGCUGCACAAAGCCAAUUGGAUGAAAGUUUGGAAUUCCAUCACCGAGCGUUGGACCACAUGCGCGCCACGGUUGGCGAUAAAGAUUUCUAUACUGCAAAUGUUGCCCAUAAGGUGGCCGAGCACUUUGCCCGCUUGGGCCGGUGCAAAGAGGCGAUAUCUAUGCUCAACCUGGCGUUGGACAUUUGGUCUGUUGAUCCGACUGCACACAAAAAUGAGAUCGCUCGCAGUACUUUUCUCAAGGGCAAGAUUUUCGAAACAAUGGGCAAAAUGCAGAAAGCAUCUAUCAGCUUAAGGGUUGCCUGUCGUUUGAGGAAGGAAAUCACCCAGGAGGUUCGAGAUGUGAAAAGCUUGACGAUGAAAGACUUUGAUGGGAUUGUUGCUUUUUGGGCUCGUUGA